AUGGCGCGUCCCAUGGGGUCGGUUCGUCUCAAGAAGACGAGCCCAGCGACUCUUGCCGUUGGCGUAGCCCUCUGCAUUUUCAUUUUAUACUUUUUAAUAGGCUCUUCGACUCCCGACUUUUCCGCUUCUCGCAAAGCCACGGCCGCAUCCCACCCUCUCUCGCCGCCGACCUCUCCCUUCCGCAAGUCGACUGGGAGCGGCAAGCUGAAACCGCCGCCCGUCGCACAUUAUGACCUUAACAAUGUCACUACCACGCCCGAACCGCUCGAGAACCGCGAGAACGUCCUGAUUUUGACGCCAAUGGCGCGAUUCUAUCAAGGAUACUGGGACAACAUCCUCGAGCUGCAGUACCCCCACGAGCUGAUCACCCUUGGCUUCAUCCUACCCAAGACGAAAGAAGGGAAUGAUGCGACGAGGGAGUUGCAAAAGAGGAUCACGAAGGCCCAGCUGUACGGACCAGAGAAGGAUCGGUUCAAGAGCAUCAUCAUUCUGCGGGAGGACAUUGACCCGCCGCUCGUAUCGCAGGACGAAAAGGAGCGUCACAAGAUGCAGAACCAGAAGGCCCGGCGGGCGGCCAUGGCCAAGGCCCGCAACUCGCUGCUCUUUUCAACUCUUGGACCGGCGACCUCGUGGAUAUUGUGGCUGGAUGCUGAUGUCGUCGAGACCCCACCAACGAUCAUUCAAGAUCUAGCCCGUCACGAUCAGGCCAUCAUGGCGCCCAAUUGCUUCCAGCGCUUCUGGAACGAAGACAAGAAGGAGAUGGACGAGCGGCCCUACGACUUCAACAACUGGCAGGAUAGCCAGACCGCGCUGGACAUGGCCAAGAAGAUGAACCCAGAUGACAUCCUAUUGGAAGGUUAUGCCGAAAUGGCAACGUUCCGGACAUUGAUGGCCUACAUGACCAAGGAGGACGGCCUUUUGCAUGAGGAGAUGCCCUUGGACGGCGUUGGCGGCGCCGCGCUUCUGGUGAAGGCAGACGUGCACCGAGACGGUGCUAUGUUCCCCCCCUUUGCCUUCUACAACCUGAUCGAAACCGAGGGUUUUGCAAAGAUGUCCAAGAGGCUGGGUUGGCAACCCGUCGGCCUCCCUAAUUAUAAGCUGGACUGCUCGUCUGCCGGUGGUGGCAGCGGAGCAGUGACCAUUUCACUUGAAUAG